AUGACACCCCACAGAACAGAAACCUGACCCCAAGCUUCCGAGGACUCCUCUUCGUGCCGCUGGGGGUGGGGAGCGUGGGUGUGGCUACAAUGGUGCUAGGCGCCUGGUUCUGGGGCCGCCGCCACUGCCAGCAAAGGGACUCAGGUAACAGCCCAGGAAAUGCAUUCUACAGCAACGUCCUAUACCGGCCCCGGGAGACCCCAAAGAAGACUGAGGACUCAUCUGGAGACGGGAAGGACCAGAGAGGCCAGAGCAUUUAUUCAACCUCAUUCCCGCAGCCAGUCACCUGCCAGCCCCGCUUGGCGCCCAGACCUUGCCCCAGCCCCAGGCCUGGCCACCCCAUCUCUAAGGUCAGAGUCUCUCCUAGCCCAGGCCCUACUGGGCAGCCAAGGCCAAGAGAGUUCCCCAAACCGGGAGAGAAGUAA